ACAGUUGUGGUUGCCUGAAACUAUGCAAGAUUUGCACUGUUCUCAAAGAACACUGCUCUAUCCGUGGACCAUGUCGUGAGGUGUGGCUCCAGCGCUCGGGAUACUGCCAAUAGAUAGCCUACGCCUGGGAGCAGGGCAAAAUAUGUCCGCCUCGGUAGGGCCCACAAGCGGCCCUCGCCCACCCACCGUGCCGGCUCCCAUGCCUGAUAUGCCGGACUUGAGUCACCUCACUGAGGAGGAAAGGGAAGUCAUCAUGGCAGUGAUGGUUCGGCAAAGGGAAGAAGAGGAGAAGGAACAAGCCAUGCUAAAGACACUGCACCAGCAGUUUGAGAGUUAUAAGGAGCAGGUGAAGAAGAUUGGGGCAGAAACUAAACGACAGCAGGCUGUCCAUAAAGAUGAUGCACCUACCUGUGGCAUCUGUCGUAAGACCAAGUUUGCAGAUGGCUGUGGGCAUCUGUGUUCCUACUGCCAGACCAAGUUCUGUGCCCGCUGCGGGGGAAGAGUGUCGUUGCGUUCAAAUAAUGAGGACAAAGUGUGUCUCAUAGGGAAAGACAGGGUGAUGUGGGUAUGUAACCUGUGCAGGAAACAGCAGGAAAUUCUAACUAAAUCAGGAGAAUGGUUUUCAUCAGGCCCUGGGGCUAGGCCUCUUAGUGUGGGUGCUCCUCUCAGUGUCCCCGAGUUGGAGAAGGACAGGAGGUUGCGCUCCAGAUCCCAGGCUCUGGCCACUAACAGCACUCUGCCACCCAACGCUGGUCCUGGUGACCCCACCAAGGGAGCAGAUACAAUGCCCGCCUCACGCUCCCGCAGUGAACCACCACGAGACAAGAAGAGACCCGUGUCCCUACACGAGCAGAAUGGAAAGGUGAUUGGACGUGGAGAGAGAAGACGUGGACCAGGCAGGUUGUCAUCGCAGGGCUCUGAAGAUCGAGCUCCAGGUGAGAAGCGAGACAGCAGACGAUUGGAGAAAGGGCACUCACAAGAAUAUCCAGAGGAUGAUCCCACCCAUCCUGAGCGGCGAAGGAGGCAAGAGGAGGAAGAGCGAGAGCGACAAAGACGAGAAGAAGAAUACCAGACCCGUUACCGCAGUGACCCGAACCUAGCCCGCUACCCCGUUAAACCGCAGAAGGAGGAACAGGAAAUGCGUAUGCAUGCCAAAGUGUCCAAAAUGCGUCAGGAGCGUCAUCACAGCGAUCUAGCCAUCAACGAAGUGGGAUUGAUCCAAGAUGGGGUCGAGGCUGCUGGAAAUAGAAUUAGCAGGCAUCGAGUAGCUAACGACGACCGCAAGACCCUUUUAGAGAACCAUCGAGCUUAUUCUAUGGAUAGGACCGUGGGGGGUGGUGUUGUUGUACAAGGAUCCGGCACUAAACAGGGCCACGGUAUCCCUCACAUGGGGCCUUCCGGGCCCCCAGACCUCAGGGACGGACAGGACUGGGGCCCAAAGGGGCAUCUGGAACCUGGGUCCGCAGCUUUUCUGCACAGGGCUAAGCGAGAAAAGGCUGCAGAAAUCAUGCGUAAAGAUUCAUCUCUUAGCUCGGACCAAUCGGAGACUCUGCGGCCACCUCCACCACGAGCCUAUAGACCCAAACGAGGCCUCAACAAAAGGCAGAUGUCCAUCAGUAGUUCUGAAGAAGAGGGUGGCUCCACUCCUGAAUACACCAGCUGUGAGGAUGUGGAGAUCGAAAGUGUUAGUGAAAAAGUAGGUGACUGGGACUGUCAUCCUCUGGAUCCCACUGUGUGGCAUCAUCCAGUGAGCUGGCAGCCAUCCAAAGAGGGAGAUCAUUUGAUUGGCCGCAUCACUCUAAGUAAGCGCUCCACCAUGCCACGAGAAGCCGGUUCCCUACUAGGUCUGAAGGUGGUUGGUGGGAAAAUGACGGAGUCAGGGAGACUGGGUGCCUUUAUCACUAAAGUAAAGAAAGGAAGUUUGGCUGACAUUGUUGGGCAUUUACGAGCAGGCGAUGAGGUGUUGCAGUGGAAUGGAAAGGCUUUGCCUGGAGCAACAAAAAAGGAAGUGUACAAUAUUAUUCUAGAGUCCCAGUCAGCACCACAAGUGGAAAUAGUUGUGUCCAGACCAAUUGGAGAUACACCAAGACUUCCAGGGACAUCACAUCCUCCUCUAGAAUCAACUGGUUCGAGUUCUAUAGAUGAAUCACAAAAGACGGACCAUCCAUCCAUCUCUGUAAUGUCACCGACUAGUCCCGGGAUGUUGAGAGACCUCCCUCUAGUACUGCCAGGCCAGCUGUCAGUGAAAUUAUGGUAUGAUAAAGUGGGCCAUCAGCUUAUUGUGAAUGUCCUGCAAGCACGAGAACUGCCCCCUCGACCUGACGGACGACCCAGAAAUCCCUAUGUCAAAAUGUAUUUUCUUCCUGAUAGAAGUGACAAGAGUAAGAGAAGGACGAAAACAGUGAAGAAGAGUGCAGAGCCAAAAUGGAACCAAACGUUCCUAUAUUCUCACAUCCACCGGAGAGACUUCAGAGAGCGCAUGUUGGAGAUCACUGUUUGGGACCAGCCCAGAGUCCAGGAAGAAGAGAGCGAAUUCAUGGGAGAGAUUUUGAUUGAGCUGGAAACAGCUCUAUUGGAUGACCAGCCUCACUGGUACAAAUUGCAAUCCCAUGAUGUGUCAUCCCUCCCAUUGCCUCAGCCAUCCCCCUGCCUCCCCCGCAGACAUGUUCAUGGAGACAGUCCUAGUAAAAAACUGCAAAGAUCUCAUCGCAUCAUUGAAACAGAUUAUGAUGAUGGUAUAACAGUAGUGUCCUCAGCAGCAGAGAGGAACUCCAGAGACAGAGAGAGGUCAAGCACACUGACCGUACCUGAGAGGCAGGCGGCCAUACAGCAUCGCUCUCGGUCAGUAUCCCCACACAGAGAAGACCAAUGUAGAGUCCGGUCACGACCUGCACAUGUCCCUAUGCAGAGGAGUCUGGAUGAGAUCCACAAAAACCAUCAUCAUUCCUGCUCUCCCUCUCGUUACCAUGACUCCCACCAGGAACAUCGCUCCGGAGAUUCGGACUAUGAAUAUUCAGAGGACAGCGAGGUCCUGGAGGUGCACAGAUCAAUCCGAGGUGGGAGUGCUGAGUGCCUGCAUACAAACAGGAAAUUAGCUAGGCACUGUAACACACUUCCCCCAAAGAUGCCAUUGUUAGUGAAUGGUAUACAUAAAGAUAUUUACAGCUCUACCCUCCCUGCAUGCUUAAAGAACAAACCGCCACGGCGAACAGAGAGGGAUGGAGUUAUCCCUCUUAGUGCCAUUCCACAGCGUGUUCUCAGGUUCACAGAUGAGGUCAGCUCUGGUGAUCUUCAGCCUUCAUUAGACAGAGUAAGAAGUGCCAGCACGACUUGUUUAAGACCAGAGUCAAACUUCCACUCACUUGAAAGAGAAAGUCAUUUUCCAUCUCAAAGGCAUUCUGGCAAUUUGGAUAGGCCAAGCUCUCAGAUAGCUAACAAGAAAACCAUUGAUGGUGACAGACUCCAGCCCACCUCUAUCCUGAGGGGCAGCAGGAGGAGGAGAGAGCCUCCCCUCAUGCCCUUUGGCCAGACCAGCUUAGGGGGUUCCUGCCCUAACUCUCCGCGAGCUGACAGAGAACUUCCACGAGGAGGACAUUAUUCCCCAGCAGGGACACCAUCAUUAGGGCGCAGAGGCAGACAACUGCCACAACUGCCUGCAAAGAGCAGCAGUAUAGAGCAAGAACAUGUCAACAGUAAACCUGAGGAGAAACCUAACUCAGCACUAGCAGUGGAGGAGCGUGCUCGUCAGUUGCAGAUGAGAGUGCCCUCCCAUCGGCCGGGCUCCUCUGCAAGCUUUGGUCACGAUCCAGAGGCAGACCUCAAGAACAGAAGAGAUAUGUAUAAAGACCAGAGGAGGAGUUGUGAUAACAUGUCUGCGAGGUCAUCAGACAGCGACAUGAGUGAUGCUUCAGCCAUCUCCCAUGCCAGCAGUGCCUCACGGCUGAGCGCCACCAGCUAUAUGUCCAGUCAGUCUGAGAGGCCGCAUGGGAGAAUAAGGUCAAAGUCGUUGGAGAGUUGUAAAGGAGAAGAAAAGAAGGAGAGAAGGAUUUCAUGGGGGGUGAAUGGAACAGACAACAGAAGGAGUCUGGGAAAGAGACGUUUCUCUGAGGAGCUUAAACGCAGGCGUCAUACGGUGGCUGGAGAUAUGAGUCGUCAAGUCAGAGCCUCAUCUGGUCGGAAUAUGCUAAAGAGCACAAGUGUUAGCGGUGACAUUAAUACAUCAGAACGAACAGACGGCAGCCAGUCUGACACUGCUCUGGGAACAGUCGGGGCUGGAGCUAAAAAGCGUCGUUCCAGCCUCAAUGCUCGAUUCGUGGCUAUUGUGGGAAACCGCCGCAGCCGAAGCACCUCACAGAUCAGUCAAACAGAGGCAUCCAAUAAGAAGUCGAAGGGCAGUCAAGGGACAAUCCAGCGCAGUCAGGAGACAGGAAUGGCUGUGGAAUUGCAGAGGAAUAUGAGCCGUCAACCUAGCCGAGAAUCCAACAACGGAAGCAUGAACAGCUACAACUCAGAGAGCAGUCCAAUAUUUCCAGCGGUUCGAGUCGAGACUCAGUUCAGUGACUUCCUAGAUGGACUGGGCCCUGCUCAACUAGUUGGUCGACAAACCCUAGCCACACCAGCAAUUGGUGACAUUCAGAUUGGCAUGGUGAAUAAGAAAGGCCAGCUGGAGGUGGAGGUGAUAAGAGCACGAGGUCUCAUUCAAAAACCUGGAUCCAAAUCACUCCCUGCUCCAUAUGUCAAAGUCUAUCUUCUACACAAUGGGGCAUAUGUAGCUAAGAAGAAGACAAAAAUUGCACGCAAGACACUCGACCCGCUGUACCAGCAAGCACUGCAGUUUGAAGAAAGUCCGCAGGGUAAAGUGUUACAAGUCAUUGUCUGGGGAGAUUAUGGGCGAAUGGACCACAAAUCCUUCAUGGGAGUUGCACAAAUCCUACUAGAAGAGCUGGACCUCUCCAGCAAUGUCAUUGGCUGGUACAAACUUUUCCCGCCUUCUUCCCUUGUCGACCCAACCCUUGCCUCUAUAACUCGGCGUGCUUCUCAGACAUCCCUGGACAAUUCACCGGCACCUGCGGGAGUUCGAUCGUAGUGGACUAACGAUAUAAAGCACAGUCAAUACAAGCUGAGAGACAACAAGAUAAGAGCCAGGCAGAAAAUGCGAUGAAACGACACAAAGCUUUGUUCAAAUCUGACAAUCACUCCUGUGACUUUGUUUUUAUGUUUUCCUCUUUGUGGGUAGCACGUGUUCUGCCGAAUUUGUUUGUUUCUCUCACUGUUUAUUGCGUGAGAUUUAGUGCUGUCUAGCACACUAGCACGUGGACAUAGAAAGCAGGGUGAUAUUCUGUCAAGUCUUCAUUAAAGAAAUGUACGUUAGCUAGUUUUUAACAGAGCAUCAGAAUGUAUCAGCCCAAAAACAAAGGUGACCUCUGACCAUGGGAUUGUGGGGCCUCAGUCGAGGCCCUGUCUAAACCCUGUUUUUACUGAAAGUCAAAGGUCAGCCACUGGAAAGAUGGAGGGCGUCCCCUGGGGAAGUUGUCUGGAAGGGCAGGGCCUUUCUUGGUGCCUAAACCUGGAGGACCCAAAGCCAUGGUUCAUAUCCUCCAAAAAGUUCCUCUGUUGUCAAUGCUUGUGACAGCUAGCAGAGGCCACUGUCUUCUGGAAGUUCUUUUAUAUUUGUUUAGUUUUAUUUAUUUAUUCAUUUUUAACAGCUCUGCCACAUUUUAGGAAAAUCAAGAGGUUGUCCAGUGUGCUGUGAAAAUGACAAGAAAUGCUAAAAAAGCGAUGGAAGACAACGUAUCUGGAAAAAUUACACAUUUCUUUGCACAGUGUACAUUUUUAUUUACUGCUAACUGAAACAUUAUCCUACAGUACAUUGCAUACGUCAUCUUAUUCAGUGAAUUCAAGAUUUGUGGGUAUUUACACUUUUCAUUAAAUGCAAUUAAAAAGUAUAUAUUUAGUUCGUGAAAAAACACUAUGUACCAAGGAAAGCAUAUUUGUGUACUUUUCUAAUUUAGGGUCUUUGGUAAAAUAAAUAUAUACAAUUAUGUUUUCGUCUGUUGAGGAAAUCUUGAUACAUAGAGUUUUUUGGGCACUAAACGUAACUUUUUUAAUUUGUUUAAUGGGAAGUGAUUGCAUAAGCGUGCAUUUUCCUUUUUAAUAUGUAUGGUUUAGCAAAAGCCACUUUCAACUUAUACCACCCUGAGGUCACACGAUUGACUCAAACUCUACAACAAGCCCUUGCACAUUUGUAUUUAUUUUUAAUUAAUAAUGCAAGCACAAAAGCUUGAUUUUUAAAUGAGAUGAGAGAAAAAAAAAUGCAAAUUCCUCUUGUGUGUCUCUGUAAAUGUUGAAGUGACCAAUCAGAUUUUGCCAUCACAAACAUAAACACCAAUCAUCUAUCAGGCCACUGGCCCCUCCCUCCAGUGCAGUGGAGCAGCAUGACUCGGAUCAGUUCCCGGCUGCAUGCACAUUUUUGUAAAACAGACUACACAAAUGUUAAACAGAAAUAGAUAUGUGUUAGUUCAACAUACUGUAGGCCCGCUUGUAUGUUGCAUGUACUGUACAGUUUGCUUGUACUUGAAUAUAAGAGAUAAACCAAGAAAAAGAAGCCAUUUGCUUUCACUCAGACUUUUCAAAUCAGCUAAAAAAAGUAGUCCAUGUCCUUCAUUCGGUGCUGAAUGUUGCAACAUUUAUUUUUAGUCUUUUAUAUAUCUUUGGGGAAAUGUGCUGUACUGUAACACUGAACAAAAGCUAACCUCCUUCCUGUUUUACAGAUUUUAACUGAAUCAUAAUUUACCUCAAAACCACAGAAAUUAACCUAUAAAAUGUGUAUACAUCCCAUCAAGUUAUUCAAGAGUAUACCGAUAUCAAAGCAGGAAAUGUCAAAAAUAUAUCAUACAUACAUAACCGUAUACAUGUUAAAUAUAAAUGUAGAUGCACAGAGAGUAAUUAGCGCAUGUGUUGUAAAUAUGAGAUAACCAUGUGGUUAAGCCAUAUUUGCAAAGGGGCCAAGGCUUACUUUUGAGAACAACCUUCCCAAUACGGGACCGCUGAGCGGACACCUUUCUUAUCAUAUGGGUCCAAAUCUAGAGCUCUCACUGUCACUUUUAGAGGGCCGAACCACUCCGCUCUGAAGCUGUAGCCAGAUUAUCGUUUUAUCUGUGCUUUCGAGCCAAAAUCUUCACCUCUGCUAUGAACACGAAAUCAGAAAAAAAGAUUGUUUUUAUUCAUGAGAGACAGGUUUCAUUUUUACUUGAUCAGUAUUAUUGAGUAUAGGGGAAAACAAUGCUGACUGUUUACAUCUUCUAGUAUGUGUUUCACUGAGAUGAUGAAAAAGAAAAAGUAUUCACUGCAACAUUUCUGUUUGUAUACAGGUGUGGCUCAUAUGAUGUGUGUUUUAUAUUUAAAAGAAAAAGAAAAAAGUUAAUUUUUAUUAUUUCCAAAUAAAAAAAGUGUGUGGAAGAAAUUUUCAACCCGA